AACACCAAGUACUUCUACAUGCAGCAACAACCACGAGCGGAACAAGCGCGGGAGAUUCCAUAGCUGUGGUUGCACCGCCAGUCAUCACCACCACAACGACCACAACAGCAUCUUCUUCUACCAUGCGACCAACGCCUACAUCAAGUGAAGCUCUGGCAGCGGUACGGAUCGUCAUCGACUCUUUGAACGUCAAUAUCCCAGCGGAGGUGGAUCUGUUACGGCCGCUCUUUGAUAUGGAACGGAGGCUGCAGGACGAAAUCCAUGCAGCCGAGCGGCAGACGCCAUUCAACUGGGUCAAGUGAACGAAAGCGCGGGCACGACAAUAUACUCAGCACUGCUUCUCUAGUUAUAUCCUUCUCGAAUAAAAUUGGAUGAGUUUUUAUUUUUUGUCACCCAGUCCGAGAAAUAAAAUAAAAUAAAAAAAGACUCUUGUGAGAUUCAGUGCACCGAAGAAGUGCCG